AUGCCAAACAACAGCGGAAGUUCCAGCUCGCCGAACAAGAAGGUGCUGAAGGCCCACGACUCCCUGCAGGCUGCGCGCGACGUGUGUUCGACCGUCAAGCUGGAGGUAUCGACUUCUUGGUUAGACAUUGAAUGAUGAUUAGACUUUUUCUUAGCUAAUUCGACUCAAUGAAAUAAAUCCACCUUCUUAUCAAUUAAAACGAGCUGAAAAUCAUAGUACUCAACUUGUAAAUCAAAUAACUCAUCAUUAAUUACUCGCUCUCCUACAUCAUAAACCAUCCAACACCAUAACAGUGUGAGCCGAACGUCGUGCACAACGUGCGCGAGGUUUUCCGUGACAACAACCGCAACAAGAAAAAGACUGAGAAGGCGACUUUGACGCCAGGACCUGUUCCCUUACGUUCUGACGCCAUGAACGCGGUCCAACAGGCGAUGGCUCGUUGCAGCCAGAAGGCCCGCACGAUUGCUGCACUUGUCCAGGGAUGCAAAAUGGCUGAGUCCAUCGUGUCGGAACUGGGAGGCCUGGACAAUGUGAACGCAGCGGAAUUCGAUUUGUUGCGCGUACUUCAAUUAUUACCCUUGUGUGUUAAAUAGAACUGCUCUAUUGUAGAGACCUUGAGUAGGGAGCUAGAUGCAGAAGGUGAGAGAUUUACGGACUUAGAUCACAGGUUCCACUUCAUAGGUAUUAGGAAUUUUUUUAACUUAAUUCCAACUAGAUUCUUUUUCAUGAAAACAGAGAGUAUUCAUGAUUUCAAUCUGGGCAUCUCUUCAUCAGUACCCUUAUCCCAUUGAAAUCGUUCCACGUCAUCCCUUACAGGGCGCUUUGCAGACCUGUGGGGAAUCGCAGACGACUCGCGCAGCCGCAGCUCGUAUGCUCCGUGCAAUUGGGCGCUGCAUCAGCAUGAUGGAGAAUUCUGGCCGCAUCACGUGCUUGGAGCACAUCGCUUUGGUCGUGUUUGAGCACGGGAUUAUCAAAGCGCGAAACGAUAGAUCCGGACCUCGACCUUACAACUUGACCCAGAUGCGUGACUGGUAAUGUAUUACCUUUUUUGUGAUGCGCAAAAAUGUGGAACCUUCUCUCAUGUAUAGGAAAGUGAGUGCUUUUUUGUAGUUUUGAAGACAUUAUCCAGAUCGUCGUGUAUUAUACUGGUAGCGGAUGUUCUUUAGAUCUCAACUUCUAGAGUGAACGGCCCCCAUCUCAACUUCGUAUCUAAUAUCUCAAUACCUCACACCACCGCAGGAUGCAGACCAACGCGGACAUUCUGGAGCACGUGAACUGCAUGCAGCAGUUCUACGAUGGUAUCUGUGAACACAUCAACCACGGCGAGUUUACCAAGAUCAAGGAAUUGGCUACCCGUGCAAUUGCUCAAGAGCCAAACAAUUCGGUUCUCCGCAAGUACUUCCAGAACCCGACGAUUCAGGAGGUAACGAGAGCCUUGGGAAUAUAUCUAUUUACAUGGGUUAAAGGAUGCAACUUUAUACUUAUACUGAUACCAUUUCAAAUUAGAAAACGAGUAAAUCGAGUGAUGAACUGUGUGAAUAUUCAGAAACAAUAGAUCGCUUUAGUUACUGCCAUAGAUAUCCAUCCUUAACGAUCGCGUCCCCCUUUCCUUCAGGCGAUUCGUGCUGCUGUGAAGGAUGGAAACGAGAGCAAGCUGGCUGGCUUGAAGAUCAACACUGAGGCGAGCACGGUCGAUUUGAAUGGUAUUCCGAUUCCUGUGGCCGUCGCCACCAUCCAAGACUGCCAGUGGGGCUUUUUCCUGCAGCUGUUGGCCAUCUGUGUCCAGCAGUGUUGGAACGUAUCCAUCGAACGUGUCCCGUGGAAGUUGGUACUUUGUAUUCCUUUCAUUUCGGUCCGCAGAUGUGAGAGUGAUGGGAGAAAAAACUGACCCUAGUGAAAAAACCUCUUUGAACUACAUACCACUGAAAUUGAUCAACAUUUACAGCCUAGACGUAUUCGACAUCAUUCACGAACCUUAACUCUACUACAGCUUGACGGACCCCGCUGCCACACCUGGUUUGUGAUGUUGGCGACGCACAUCGCUAUCCCGUUGACGGCUCCUAUGUUUCUUGGCCUGGCUUUGUUGUUCAACGUGAUCGUCCCCGUGGGAUCCGGAUUUCGCGUACUUCAAAUGAGAGUGAUGCUGAUAUAAAUAAAAGAGCUGUGCUCUAGUAGGAAGAGAUAGAGAGAAAUGCUACAGAUAGUCAACUAUAAAAUAACACGAAUUUCAUCUCUAAUAUCUUGAAAUCAAACACAGCCAAUAAGUAUCUACAUAAGACACACAAGCUAUCCACUCGCUAACUUCUAAUUAGUAUUUUUUUGCCUUAAUAAAUUCUUCCACACCCCGCACAGAGCCGCGCGCUGUCGAAACAGCUGGAGAAGUCGAUGCCGACUGGAAAGCUGCGCCGCAAAAUUCAGGCCUUGUGUGAUAAGGCGCACCUUGCCGACGUGCAGGAGUUCAUCCACCACCUGAACGCCAUGUGCUCCCACAUCACGAGCAGGCAGAUCAAUAAUCUGAGCGGUUGGCUCGACUUCUUCAAGAUGUUCGAGGCGGAACCCACGAAAGGGUUUGCGUCUGUUGCGAAAAUGAUGAUCGCACUUAUUUAUGCGAUGCGCGGCCUCGUCGCGAACACGCGUGAUCAUGUGGAGAAGAUCGCGCGCUUCUUGGACGAAAUCAGCAACGCAGAGACGUUGACGGAGCUGAAGGAGGCGCUGAUGGGUGUCCGUGUCGCGUUUGUUCGCGAAAUGGCACACGAGGCUUUCAAGAAGAUGGGCGAGAAGCUGGCGGCAAGUACUAACAUUUAGGUCGCGGCCAGACCUUUACUUCAAUGCGUCUGAGUAAUUUCUCUCGGUUAUAUGAACAAUCCAACUCUUUUUUAUGUCAGUUCAGAUACGUCGCCACUCAUUUGCAGGUCCUUACAAAAAAACCAUCUAAAUCCACGACUGAUCUCUCACGAAAUCACAACGCCAGAUCUACCGCGCGACGCUAUGGACGUGUUUAACGGUAUGGCGAAUACCUGGCACUUCGUGGCCUUAUCGCAGAUCACAGCUUACGCGCAGAAGAUCGACACGGCCAUGCGUGCGAUCAGUCCCCAAGGACUUGGAAACGACGCUGUGCAGCAGAACAACAACAUCCAGUUCUACCUGCAACAGGGUGAAGAUGGACAAGGAGACGCGCCGGGGGCUGCAGCUGAUGGCGGUGAAGAGGCCGAAGAGGAGGGGAACGGCAGUGACGUGGAGAUCAUCGGGGAGCAGGCUGCUGAGGUCGUUGAAAGCAGUGAUGGCGACUUGUAAGCAUGUCGUAGAAGGCCACAAGGAGGAGGAAGAAGUGGUCAAGGGAAAAUUUGACUUUUAUCGGGAUGUUGUAGUAGUCUAAAGAUUCUUCAGACAGUAUUGCUAGGAGAGCAAAGAAAGAUUACACUUGAGCAGAGUUUCGCGCCAUCACUUGUUCGUUGUAUCCGUAAUGUUUUUGCUUGCUUAUGGUAGAAAUGGAAGAGAGUGCGAGAGCAUGACACUAAGACCUUCUCUGCAGUUGAUCACGUCUAGAAGAUUCACAGACAACCUUUGGAGUAAUUUUGAUCUUUUCACUGUUUCCUACUUUGUCUCGAUCAGUGGCUCCCAUAAUAUGUUGUUUCACCUACGUAGUUCGGAACUCGCAACAUGAUAAGCAGCCAAAGUACUACACAGUAUGAAUUUAUUUCAAUCAUGAUUGUUCUUGAAAGGUGGCAAUUUCUCUUGAUCUUGUCCUAUAAUUUUUUCUCUUUCUCCAGUUCUUGUGACUUCUCUUGCACCAUGUUACUUCGCUCAAAUCUAUCCUUUGUUAAAUUUCUUGACGCAUUGGAUAGAUAUGUAUAGGCCCGUAAUGUCACUCACUGAAGUCUGCGGAUUUUAUAGUAGGCAACUCAUGAAAAAAGAAGUAAUUCAUACAAUGAGGAGAAAGACAACGUAGCAGAGUCAGUCGCUAGCUGCUUGACGUCUGUAGUUUCGUUUGUAAGACUAUCGGCCGUUUCUUCCGAUUGCCGACGAGUAAUUUCGCUCUGCAGAUAUAAGCAAAAUAUACACGAAAUUCAUCACGAUUGAAAGAAUGAAAGCACAGCAAUAAGCUAAGUAUAUGAGAACUAUAACAAUGAUAGACACACUUGAGAACUCGACCCAAUGAAUCACUUCACCCGAGACGCCGCAGCGUUCUCUUCAGAGCGUCAUGGUAGUCAGGGUAUCAAUGUCCACCCUCAACAGAAACACUCCCUUCUCCUCAUGAGCUUCCUCUACUUGUGCCCCCAGCACGAUAAAGAAGCACUACAGUCAGACCGUAAAUGAACUGAACGAUAUAAAAGAGAAGCACCCGAACACAACAAUACGCAUAUGAGAGAAGUGACGAUGCGCCUAGUGUGCUAAUGCAGACCACCCUACUAU